GCUGGGCCGGGCCGGCGGGGCGCGGGGCGGGCCUGACCUUGCCUGCGAGGUCGGUCGCGGUGCGUGUGGCGGUGCGUGUGACGGUGCGGCGGCCUCGCGCGCGGCGAGAUUUGAUCUGAAAAGACCCUGUGGGUGGAAACCAUGGGUUUGUCUGCAUCCUCCCCGGCUGCCACGGGUCAGUCCCCGCACGCAUCCAAGCAACAUGAGACAGCGUCUCCACCUUCAGAGUGUCCCAUGCAUCAGGAAAAAAGAAGUGGUUGUCCAAUGCACAUGAAGGCUCCUGAGCACAGAACAGAGAACACAGACAAUGUUCCCGCACAUCAAGAAAGAGCAUAUGAAUUUGUAGCCUGUCCGAUGAGUUCUGGUGCUUCUCAAGUGAAAGAUGACAUAGAUCCUAACAACAUGAUGCCUCCUCCUAAUCAACAGCCAUCCCCAGAUCAACCAUUUCCACUGUCAACUGUUAGAGAAGAAUCUUCCAUUCCUAGAGCACAUUCUGACAAGAAAUGGGUCUACCCUUCAGAGCAAAUGUUCUGGAAUGCUAUGCUAAGAAAAGGGUGGAGAUGGAAAGAUGACGACAUAACAAGUGAAGACAUGACCAAUAUCAUUAAGAUUCACAACCAAAAUAAUGAGCAAGCUUGGAAGGAAAUUUUGAAGUGGGAAGCUCUUCAUGCUGUGGAGUGCCCAUGUGGACCAUCACUGAUGCGGUUUGGAGGCAAAGCAAAGGAGUAUUCACCAAGAGCCAGAAUACGUUCAUGGAUGGGGUACGAACUUCCCUUUGACAGGCACGAUUGGAUUGUUGACCGAUGCGGUAAAGAAGUGCGGUAUGUUAUUGAUUACUACGAUGGUGGAGCAGUAGAUAAGAACUACCAGUUCACUGUCCUGGAUGUUCGCCCUGCGUUUGACUCUCUGUCAGCUGUGUGGGACAGAAUGAAGGUAGCCUGGUGGCGGUGGACUUCAUAGCUGCUCCUGUGGUGUGCAGUCAAAAAGUAAACCGCUUUCCUUCUAGACUAAGGAUAAGUGUAUACUAGGACUUGGAAGUUCACUGCAACUGUCAUUAUUUUCAUCAUCACCACUGUUCUUUGGCGUUGGGGAAUGGGGAAAUCUGUUUUUCAGUACAUCGAUGCUUUAUGUUUUUUUGAAUUAAAUAAUAAAGUUACAGUAGCAAAAAAACGUAUCGUAAUUUUCUUAAGAGAUGGGAAAUAUUUUCUUACUUUGCACAGAUCCCACGUGAGCUCGCUGCCUUUUCAUUUAAUGACUCCAGAGCUGCACCAAAUACAUGAGGUUUCUGAUUCUGACUGGAGUUUUGAGUAUUAUUUAAAUAGUGUAAACUGGAAAUUAAAAAAAUUCAGAUAGUUACAGUGUUUGAAUACGUAGAUGACGAAUAAAGCAUAAAAUAUCUGGACUGUUUCAAAAUGCAUGUUUUAUUAACUAUAAAACCAUGUAUUUGUUUUCAGAUGGGCACUUUUAUUUGUUCAAAUACAUGCUUCCUCAGAAAACUAGUCAAGUUUAUUCAGUUAAAGGAAGUAUAGUGUAAUAUGAGUAUUUUAAAAGGUAUGUUAAGUUGAAAAUACAGACACUAUACUCAUGUCUUAAUCUGCAAUUUAUCUUUGAACAGAAGAAUAUCAGUUAGAAGCAGGAUAUUAGUGUCAGUUACUUGUAAAACGAAGUUUCUAAAAGGAGAUGAAAUUGAUACUUAUCAGCUAUUUAUUUGUGUAUUUAAAAGGUUUGUUUUCAGAUGUAAGGAUACUGUAUCCUUUUAGUAUUCUUAUGGCUUUUACUUUGUCUUGUUUCAUGCAUUUAGGACAGAUGUAAGCCUUAUUUAAAGAAACUCGUGCAAUGCAUCUUUACUUUGGAUCUUAGCCUUAUCGGCUGUAUCAUGGUGUGUUUUUUAAUACAACAGGGAAUCACACAAGGGUGUAUGACUAUGCAGUCAUACACAUUUCUGCAUAAUUGUGAGUGUGAGGCAUAUUGCAAAUGUGUGUAUAAUUUGGCUAAAAGGGUAUCAAAAGUGCCAAGUAACAAGGUUGAUUGGAGUGUUUCCUGAGAGUGAUGUAUGUUAAUGCUGUGUGGCUUAAAGAUUUGAUUAAUGUUUGUGUCUAAUAAGGGAAGCUACAUUAUUUUUUUCGUCUUCCACUGUAAUAGCUUUAAAUUUGCAUGGCUUGGUAAAUUGCAGGUGCCACAUAACCCUAAAUUUAAAUUACUCUUCCCUUUCAGCAUAUAUUACUCUUGAGAAUGAGUCCUCCAUGCAGAACACUAGGGAACGGAAGAAGUAAGAGAGUAUUAUGUUGCAGCUUCUAAAAUGGAGAAGCUUCCUUAAUGAAACUUCACAACCUUAACUGGGAGCCAGCUGUACAUUCAUUUUCCAAAAGUGGUUGAACUGACAUUGGAAGCUUUUUUUGUAACUUUUCCUGAGGGAAAGCCCUUCAGUGUUUCAGUAAACUAACUUCCCAUUUAGGAAAAAAUUAUUUUGGGAAGUUUUUGUAAUCUAAGAUACUAGUGGAGAUGAAUGGUUCCCACUACAGAGGCAGCUGUCCUGCAUGGUAGGAAUAAAUAUUACCCAGAAGUCAAAAAUCCUAAGAUAAAACCAUGCUCUUACCCUUACGCACUUUCCUCAUUAAUUUUUCAUCUUUGCAGUGAUUCAUAUAUAUAAAUGAAAAAUAGUUAAAAAAAUAAUCUCCAUUGAAGUAUGCAAUGUAUAUAUGGGAUCAUGAGAGGUGUGUGAGCUUGUAUGAAGCAUAUCUGACAAUGAAAGCUCUUCUCUGUUGGAGCAGUAAAGACUGAGGCUUACUGCUUUUUCGGGGUGGUGUUUUUUGGUUUUUGUUUGGUUGGUUUAUGAAUACAUUUGGUAAUGAUAGACAGAAAAUUCUGUAUUUUGCACAAGAAAUAUGGAAAAGGUACAGCAAUGUUGGGAGUGCUUCAGAAGCUUCAAAAGAAUGAGUUUGCUUUGUUGAUUUUGGAAGUGUAAUCUUGAGCACAUUAUGGAAUUUGUAAUUGCUGCUAAAUCCAGCGAACGGUGUUACGUGCCACUUCAGGAGUUUACUGUCUUCUGUUGUGUUCCAUCUCACACAGAUUCAGAAUUGUUCUUUUCUGUGCUACAGUUAAUGAAAUGUUCUACUUUGUUCUAAAACAAAAAGGAGAAUGAAAUAAAUAUACUUUUGUUAA